CAUUGUCUGAGCGUUUUGUAUCUUGAUCUGCUACCAUCUCCUACGAUUCAAGAUUACCAUUUUAGCGGCAUUGGCGCUCUUAAAGCUUUGCCAUGUACUCCCGCCAUGCUUUUGAGCGUCCCCUUUCUUCGAUCGAGAGCGUUGACUCCAGUGCUACAGUACGACACAACAGAGUUGGCAGCUUCUCAACCAAUUCACUCUCCUCGGCCGGUUCAUUCCUCAGUCCUCGCUUGCAUCUGCACGCGCUAUCGCGGAGAGCCAGUGCUUCCGCUAUAUCUGAUGGAUCGCACGUCGACGCCUCAGUGUGCCUGCCAUCUGUUCGCUUUACUGGCUCCGAAGUGGAGACCGUUGACCAUCGAGGUGACGGCCUCGGUGAAAGAGAAGAAGUCGAUCGAUGUGCAAGAGACGGACAGGAUCACACCGCAUCUGUUCGAACCUCGACAAGUUACGAGAGCUUCUACGACGUCCCAGAGUCACCUCCACCGCAUGCCUUCACUAGGUGGGUUAGCACUUUGCGACGUAAGAAACAGCUAAAUCCGAGCCCUGUGACACCGCGAACGCAACGGUGGACGUUGGACGACUUCGAGAGUAGGCAUGCCUCGCCUGCCCAUGUUCAGCCGAGUCACCACAAGAAGUCUAAAUCGUGCGCGUCGUCAACGGCAUGGGUGACAGCUGUGAAGUCUGCAUCUGCGACGAUUACGAGCGCAAGUGUGGCUGGGCUUUCGCGAAUGAACAGCAAGGUCCGACGUGAGCGGCAGGGUAGCAGCGUCCUAUCUGGGUCUGAGCCAAGGCCUUCGGUCGAUACGCAGCGGUCGAUGCUCGACUAUGCAGCGAAGCAGCGCUCACGCAGGAGGUGCGAGAAACUUGAAGAGCUCAUCAGGACUGAGGAAGGCUACGUAGCGGACCUCAAGGCGUUGUUUAACGCGUUGCUUACUUUUUUUGGCGGUGAGAGUCAACCGCAGGCAUUUGCGAGGCACUGUGCCUCCACAACAAUUGCGCAGCUUGUUGCUGCUCAUCAAGCACUCCUGGUCGAGCUACGGCGGCAUCUCCCUUUCACAGGCCACGUCCGCUCACCGCGCACUUCGAAGGGUCAUUCGCGGUACCACAGCAUUGAUGGCUCUGCUUCGCACAGCAGACGGCUUGGUAGCUUGCGUCAUCCGCGCAGAUCACUAAGCAUUCACCGCUCUGACGAGGACGGGGAGUCGCGGUUGCUCUGCGAUCCGGCGAUUGUCUCCGCCGCAGUCGAGACGUUCACAAAACGGCUCGGAGCGUUCGGUUUGUAUGAAGAUUUCGGUCAACAGUACGACCUCGUGCGUCACGCUAUAGAGCAGGCGCAAGAGGCAUCACUGGUUUGGUUUGAGUACGAUAGUGCGAUCGAAACUCUGGCAUACACUCUAGGCCCAAUGCACAGCCGCAAGGCGAAUUAUCGAAAGGCUUUGAGUAUGAAAGAUCUGCUAAUCAAGCCGAUUCAGCGACUGCCACGAUAUGUACUACUCUUCACCGACGUUCAGAAAUUGACACCCGUAUAUGACGACCCGCACGCUCACACUGCAGUAAGCGCUCUUAUCCAUGACCUCGAAAGGAUCUGCGAGCGCGUCAAUGAGUCGAGACAGAACGGAGAGUAUCAACGGGCUGUACUGUCGACAUGGCUUGUCGGCGACCGACUGCAAUUUCACGGCCAAUUACCUCAGUCUGCCUUCCUUCGGCUCCUCGGCCACGUCGUGCUUUGUGGUUGCUUGCAUAUCGCGUAUCGAAGCAAGGACAGCAUCAAGGGACGUUACACUAUCUGUAUCCUGUUCGAGACAACACUGCUCCUUGCCACUGCCGAUGAUGAUGACUCUAGAUACAGCGUGUUGGCAGGCAUUGCCCUCGCUAAUGCCACGAUAACUGAAUGCGACAAUGGCAAAGGUUUGCAGUGCCAUACAGCGCCCCACUCUUGGAAGGUAGUUUAUCAACACCUUUCCAAGAUGUAUGAGAUCAUCUUCACCGCUUGCUCAGCCACUGAAGCCAAUACAUGGCGAGAGAAAGUGAGCGACCUCAUCACUGUGCAGUCCAGAGCAGCUUCGGAGACGCAUCGCCCAAGCCUAGAGCUGUGCUCUCCGCUAAUCGAAGACAUGCGGACUGUUGGAAAAGCAUUGGGCAGGGCGGGCAGCUUCAUUAGGCGCAUGUCAAGGGAGUCACUGCGUCGUGCCGCGACUGUUACUGGUACGAACAACCUGAGCCAAGUGAUCAUAAAGAAUACUCAAGCGGUCAAAGAGGCUCUUGACGCACCUUCAAGAGCUUCUUUACACGUUCCGAGGUCACAGUCAGUCGUUACGCCCAGCCACAUCCAAACGCUCGCACCGCGUAGGGCAGACCGGGUACGGAUCGAAAGCAUCCUGAGCGGCGUGUGGACCAAGGAGCUGUUACCAUACCCGGGCAUGACCGCCAAGCGGUCAGACGAGAUCCGCGCCUCUGCGAACCAUGUCAUGCGCAAGUUCAGUAUGGCCAGCAUAACGAGCAACUUCUCGACAACGAAACGUAAUCCCAGCUACACAAGCGUGCAGGGUCUGCGCAAGGAGGACAUGCCGCCGCCGCUGAACAGAGCCUCCAAGGGCAGCGACCGAGAGACGUUCAAAUCGAGGCGGCCUCCUCUGGUUGACUUCCAUACCGCGCCCGAGGCAUUCCUGCCAGAAGACUUCGAUUUAAACCCUACGACUGCCAAGCGCAAGCCUUCUGCCCUGCGGACUCUGACUAUGAGCAUGGAAAGACCGUUUACCCCGUUGCUGAACGAGAGUAAGCCGGUACCGCUACGUCGGGCGCAGAGUGUCCGAGAUGUGGUUCGAGCUGCGCCGGUCUACACCGUUGUCCAGCAGCGCACCGUAACACCUGCUCCUCCGACUGUAUCGAACGUUCCGAUUGGCGAGAAUCAUGAUGCUUCGGCUAAGACGCCGCGCAAGGCGAAGAGUAAGAGCAGGUUGCUAUGGAUUUUUGCAUAGAUCUGACCUGUUACCUUCUGUUCUGGUUAUGAGCUGCUUUUGGAUGUGCGAUUGUUGACGAGGACUGCAUUACGGCUAUCUAUGAUCUUAGUCACAAGCAUGGGUAAUGAAAGCUCAGCAUCGCGCGAACUGGAUGUCGACGGGAACGUGGUCACCGUCCGAGAACACGUUGUGCGCAGUCUUUGCGCCCAACGGAUAUGGUGAACGCUGGUUACCACGGCGAAACAUAGUCGGGUCCCACAAGGUCCACGUGUGGGACGCGUCUAAGAUGUUGCCCGAUGCAAAUCUACCUUCCUCUUC